GCGAGAAGCAUUGCUGUCACCCCCACAAGCUGCAGUUUUUCUCUACUUAUUGGUUCGACGGCUAAGAACCUAUCGACGAGGUUCACAGUGAGCAUUCUCAUUAAACAAAUUCGCCGUGGUCUUCAUCAUGGAGCAAUGGUAACAAAUUGACACGUUUUGUGACGACAGUUCAUUGUGUUAGGAGGAAAGAUAAAUUUACCUAAUUGAAGUGCCGAUCCCAUUUUAGAAUUUGUUGGCAAAGAUGGUUAGAUCAGAUGAGAAUGAUGCAGGUGUUGUCAGGGCUUCAGAUCUCCCAAGAGGAUCAAGCGCUAUAGAAGGAAAAAUAUCUAGUGAAACGGUGGAAAGUAGCAGGGCAUUGAAUGCCAUUGAUGUGAAUAUCGUUCAAGCAGAACCACAUCCAUCGGUUUUGCACAAGAGAAGUGCCACCCCUGAUGAAAAUGCAAAUGCUGCUAACAAGAAUCCUAGGAUUCUUUUUCGUGACACCCCCGCUAGGAAAUACAAUGCACAAAUGGCAAGCGAGCAGCCACCAAUUUCUGAGGGUGAUGGCAUUGAAAUUAAGUAUGUUGAGGAGAACCCGAUUGUGAACAUUGACAGCCCCGAUGAGAGGAAUGUGCUUGCUGUUGUCGAGUAUGUCGAUGACAUACACGCUUUCUACAAGAAAACAGAGAGUCUGAGCUGCGCACUCCCAGACUACAUGAAUCUGCAACCCGCUAUUAAUGAGGAAAUGAGGAGUAUUCUGAUUGAUUGGCUGAUCGAGGUGCAUCAAAAGUUUGCACUAAUGGAUGGGACAUUGUACCUCACUGUGAACCUCGUCGAUAGGUUCUUAGCCGUCGAACCUAUAAGGAGAGAAAAACUGCAACUUGUGGGGGUGACAGCAAUGCUUCUCGCCUGCAAGUAUGAAGAAGUAUAUGCCCCGGCUGUAGUGGACUUUGUGUUGAUUUCUGACAACGCUUACUGUAGACAAGAAGUUCUCGACAUGGAGAUAAUAAUGGCUAAUACCUUACAAUUCAACUUCUCGGUGCCUACACCAUAUGUGUUCAUGAUGAGGUUCCUUAAAGCUGCGGAAUUUGAUAAGGAGCUGGAGUCCUUAUCUUUCUUCCUCCUCGAGCUCUGCCUCGUGGAAUACCAAAUGCUGAGGUUCCCGCCUUCUGAGCUAGCAGCUGCCGCAGUUUUCACAGCCCAAUGCACACUCGUUGGCUUCAAGCAGUGGAGCAAAACUUGCGAGAAGUACACCAACUACACUGAACAUCAGCUCCUGGAGUGCUCAAAAGCGAUGGUUAUUCUCCAUGAAAACGCUGGAUUUGGGGAGCUUACUGGCGUGUACAGAAAGUAUGACACCUAUAGGUUUGGCUUUGCGGCUAGAUGUGAACCCGCUUUCUUUCUCACAGAUGCAUGAUUUCUAGCAGACACCAUUGUUGGACACAACUUUUGUUUGGUUUGGACUUUGGAGAAAAGUUCAAUUGUCUCUCUAUUGAUUUGAACAAUAAAUGUUGUCCUGUGGGGCACAGUAUGAACAAUUUAUUCAGAGGUUAUUACCUCAGACAGGAAUUUGUUUGGUAAUAAUCUGUGCUACUGAGUAUGAAUAAUUGAGACAUGAUUUCUUUCUCCAGACUAAAAUUUGAGUUUUUAUUUAUCUA